GAGUGUACCACAGCAAAGAAAAUGAUUGUUUUUUUCUUCAUUAUCUCAUCAAAUAUACAUGUAACAACCUGCAGCGAAUCAUCAAAACUGGUGGUUGGACAGGUUGGGGAUACAGUUACUCUUCCAUGUAAAUAUAACAUUAACACUAAUGGCCUAUUGAACGUUUGCUGGGGGAGACAUCAGUCAUGGUUCGGCUGUGAGAACACUGUUGUCUCCUCCGAUGGCUUGCAAGUGACAUACAGAGAGUCAAAUAGAUUCAGCUUGGCCAGCGGACUGGAGCGAGGGAAUGUUUCACUUACCAUAAAAGCUGCUCAAAAGAGGGACGCUGGGAUGUACGUGUGCCGUAUCGAGAUCCCAGGACUUUUCAAUGACAUUAGUUACAAUGUCUAUCUGUUUAUCAGCAAUGGACUGGAUCCAAAGAGAGUCAUCUCAGAAACACAACUGAUGCCUACAACAGUAAAUCAGGAAAAGCAAGAUGCUACUGACAUUUACAUGGAUGAAGCCUUUGCAGUUGUCCAUACUGAGGAUACAAUGGAAAAAUUCAUCAUAAAUACGAUAAGAGUGGGGGCCAUUGUUUUCAUCCCAGGUUUAAUCAUCGCACUUCUGAUCAGACUGCGGCGCUCCGGAGAAGGCACCAGCUGCAGGAGAAUAUAAAAAUCUGACAGGCUUCUCAGCCUAACAACCACACAACGGGAUAUGGUGUGAUAGUUCUGAGGUCACUAUGACUGUAUAAAAAAACCACAAACAUGGUGACGUGGAUACUUGUUGUUGUUUUUUUUUUUCGGUUUGUUUGGUUUUUUUUUUGGUUAGUUCUCAGUGCAUAAUAUUUAUUAAAAUAACUGAUUCAGUUAUUAAUGUAAAUCUGAGAUAACUUGUUUACACUAUGUAUUCUCAUUGUAAUACGAAAUGUUUGUUGCUUGUAUUGUAAAAAGCUUCCAAACUCUAAUCUAAUGUCACGCAUCUCUUUCUCAGAAAUCAGUUACUAAAUGUCCAAGCUUCACGUUGGAUUAAAGUUUUGAGCGUUUGUUUGGAAACGCAAUUUGAUUUAUCACACAAUAGCGGCCUCUUGUGUUCAAUGCCGUUCCAUAAAAAACGUCAUCCUAACAAUAGUUUUAAUAAUGUACGCACAAUUAAAUCUUAAUAAACAAGAAAUAAAAACUCACAUA